AGUUUAUUGUUUUUAUCUAUAUUUUAUUUAUUUAUUUAUAUUUAAUAUUUAAAUCAGGGUUUCAGGGCACUAAAAAAAAUGGCCAUACUUCAUCAUCCAUCAGGACUGCGGUUUCCGUUUGGGUCUGGUCGUGUUGGCAGCAUGUUGCAACAUCAUUCUAGUUUGAUAUCAUUAAUGAGCAGUCGUUUUUUCCAUAGAAAAUGUUCAAAAUUUUCUAUUUCGUGUUCGUCUGAGCAUUUAGAUGAAAGCCAUGUGAGUUCGGCGAAAGUUAUUUAUAGUGUAGCUCCUGCCAUGGGUCAUAACCAGGAGGCACAUCCAGAAUGCAGUUCAAGAGUUCCGGCUAUUGUGACUGCUCUUGAAAAAAUGGAGCUUACUCCAAAGUUUCGGGGAUCUGAGAUCGUUCAACUUCAAAAUUUUAGAACUGCUACAGUGGAGGAUGUUGCCAGUGUGCAUUCCAGAUCUUAUGUUAUUGGUCUCGAGAAGGCAAUGGAGCAGGCAUCAGAACAGGGCAUUAUACACAUUGAUGGCUCAGGACCCACAUACGCUACUGCCACAACAUUUGAGGAAUCUUUGGUCGCUGCUGGAGCUGGCCUGUCCUUGGUAGAUCAUGUGGUAGCGGCAUCAAAAGUUAGUGAGAACCCUCCAGUUGGCUUUGCUUUGAUACGACCUCCUGGACAUCAUGCUGUUCCAAAGGGGCCCAUGGGAUUUUGUGUUUUUGGUAAUGUAGCUAUUGCAGCUCGAUAUGCUCAACGUGUUCAUGGACUACAACGUGUUUUCAUCAUUGAUUUUGAUGUUCAUCAUGGUAAUGGAACUAAUGAUGCAUUCUAUGAAGAUCCAGACAUAUUCUUUCUUUCAACUCACCAAGACGGAAGCUACCCUGGCACAGGAAAAAUUGAUAAUAUAGGGUUUGGGAAUGGUGAAGGAGCUACACUUAAUUUGCCAUUAGCAGGAGGUUCGGGUGAUAUAGCCAUGCGAACUGUAUUUGAUCAAGUCAUUGUACCGUCUGCCCAAAGAUUUAAGCCGGAUAUAAUUCUUGUAUCAGCCGGAUAUGAUGGACACGUACUGGAUCCGCUGGCAAAUUUUCAGUUAACGACAGGAACGUAUUACAUGCUAGCAGCAAGCAUCAAGCAGCUUUCGAAAGAGCUGUGCGGGGGUAGAUGUGUAUUUUUCUUGGAGGGAGGAUACAACCUGGACUCUCUUUCUACUUCUGUUGCAGAUUCUUUCCGUGCAUUUAUCGGAGAACCCAGCAUGGCAGAGAAACCCGGUGAUCUUGGGUUCUUAUAUGAUGAACCAUCUUUAAAGGUAAAACAAGCUAUUGAGAGGAUCAAGCACUUGCAUUCUUUAUAGAAGUGUCAAUCUUUUCCCCAAAGAUGUAUAGUUUUGUAUAGGCCAAUGCACAUAGAGUUUUAUUUUAUUUGCCAUAUUUUUAUAAAAAUCUUGCAUUCGUUGCAUAGCACCAA